AUGGGAUUCGCCGCUUCUCGUGGCCGUGGCAUCGGCUGGCAGGUUUGGCAGAGCUUGAAAAACAUUCUUCAGAAUGCGCUGCUGCUCCUUCGAUUGAGGUUUGGUGCACUGGCGGACGUGACUCAGCCAGCUACCGAAAGCACGGCAGAUAGCCCGAGACCAGAUGGAGAAGAGCCAGUUACGGCACUUCCGCCCUUUGAUGGUGCGAUGAUUCUGUAUGCUUAUGCCAGUGGACGUCUGGUCGGUGUCGAAAGCUCGAAGCGGACAGUGCUAUUGAAGCAGCAGCUUCCGGCAGAAAUCUUUCUUCAUUGCAGUCUGACGGAGAUUCCGUGUCUCAAGUGCAAUGCAGGCCUUGAAUCUUUCGUGGCAUUGUUUAAAGCCAAUCAUCUUCUCACCUUCCAGCCGGCCGGAAGCGUAGGCAUCUACUGA